AUGGCAUUGAGAAGACAAGAGGCAGCAGCUGCAAUUGAAUCUAAAAAUGCUCAGCAAGUGUACAUGCAAUUUCUGCAACAGAAGGCUAAAGGUGAUUGGUUGAGGGAUGGAGACCUUAACACUAAAGUCUUUCAUAGAAGCAUAAGGAAAAGACAGUUACAGAAUGCUAUAUUUAGUAUACACAAUGAAGAUGGAGUUUGGGUGGAUGACCCACAGGAGGUGAAUGGUGCAUUUCUUCAAUAUUACCAGGGGUUACUUGGAGCAAGAGUUGAGAGCAGGAAGUCAGUAAAGAGAAGGGUGGUUCAGUGUGGGCCUUUGGUGAGUCAAGAACAUUGUGAUUUGCUGUUAAGGCCUGUGAAUGGUGAAGAAGUUAAACAGGCUGUGUGGUCUAUACAUGGGGAUAGGGCACCUGGCCCUGAUGGUUUUGGAAGCCAGUUCUACAAGGACUGUUGGCACAUAGUUGGAAGGGACAUUAUUGAUGCAGUGACUGAGGGAAGUUCUCCUGAUAUCAUCAUGGACACACAAGGAGCUUUUGUUCACAGUAGGAAUAUCAUGCACAACAUCAUGAUAUGUCAAGAUAUGGUGCAUCAGUAUGGUAAAAGGAAGAGUAGACCCAGCUGUAUGAUGAAAAUAGAUAUGAGAAAGGCAUAUGACACUGUUGAGUGGAGGUUUUUGAGAGAGAUGCUGGAAAAUUUGGGGUUCCUGACAGAUUCAUUGGCUACAUCAUGA